CGGGGCUGGGGGCCGCCCCCGCCCACCCACCGUGGCCGUGUUAGCCUUCCGGGCCCCCGGCCGGGAGAUGCCCGGGUCGCGGGGAAGGACCUGACCGGGUGUUCGCAGCCCGCCCUGGGGGCCGGGGCAGAGGUGGAGGCGGCCAGGCAUGGGCUCAGGGGCUGCCCAGCGACUGCGUGUGCUGCAGCUGCACCUGGGGAGCCCGCAGGGCCGUGGCAUGGAGCUGGGGAGCAGCCCGCUGACCACACAUGUGCUGGACACAGCCUCAGGGCUGCCAGCUCGUGGCCUCUGCCUCUGUCUGUCCAGGCUCGAGGAGCACGGCCAGCAAUGGACCGAGCUGAGGAAAAGCUACACCGACCCGGACGGACGCUGCCCCGGGCUCCUGGCGGCAGGCCAGAUGAAGGCAGGCACCUACAAGCUGUGCUUUGACACCCAGGGCUACUGGAGCAAGAGGGGCCAGGAGAGCUUCUACCCGUAUGUGGAGGUGAGGGCGCCGGCGGCUGCGGGCAGAACCGUGACUCAGCCCCGGGCGUGGCCCUGCCAGCAGCCAGACCUGUGCACUGGGCACAGGGCGCCUGCCGCCUCCCCCAGGGUGUGGCCAGACUUCACGACGACACGCCCGCCCCUGGCCUGCCUUUGGGAGGGCAGCUCCCCUUUACAGAGAAGCUUUCGUCUGAGCCAAGGCUCCAGCUCACCCCGAGGGUGGCCCUUCUGGAGCCGCCAUCCAAGCCCCCGGCCUUUCUCGGGCCGUGGUGCCCAGGGGACACAUCUGGACCUAAUCCCUGCCACCCCUCCCAUCCUCAGCCCCUACUGAGUACCACCUGGGCCAGGGGGCUUCUGCCCAGAGUUCAUGACCCGCCAGGCCCCUCCCUGCCUUCCGCUGCCUUCUCUGUCUGCCCCUCUCCCAGGUCGUUUUCACCAUCACUAACGAGACCCAGAAGUUCCACGUGCCGCUGCUGCUGAGCCCGUGGUCCUACACCACGUACCGGGGGAGCUAGAGGCCAGCAGGAGCCGUCUGUCCCUGCCACCAAGGCACUCAGUAGAGCGGGUUUCCUGUCGGCGGGUGUUUGCUUUCGCUUCUGGAGAGCUCUGGGGCCUCCUCCCAGCCCUUGGGGUUUCCAGGGCGUCAAUAAAGUCAGCUGACACCUGGA